AUGGUCGUUACAUUACUUACCUUGCAUCAACGAUUGCGGUGUUACUCGGAAGGUGAAGAUUACCCGGAUGAGCAGGAGCAGAGCGGCCCCCUACCAGAUAUAAUUUGUAAUAUUCGGGACCGGUCAGUUUCCCUCCCAGACGUGCAGGCCCUGCGUCGGCAGCGAGAGGUGGAGGUGGGGAGGGAGUUGCGGCGGAUCAGCGACGAGUUCCACUUCCGCUACCACCGACGACGAUUCCUGCCAGCAGUGCAAGAGAAUUUUGACGGGGAGGCGUCCUCGUUUCCCGGCGCCAGACGACCAAGUAUUAACAAGAUGAUGGACAGUUUGAAAAUGUUCUUCAGGCGCGGUGCUGGGGGUGACCCUGAUAUGGAGGACCCCUCUGAACCUACUUGACCCAGCCACGUGGCGUAUUGCUACUUCUGGCAGAAUGACGCAAAAGUUAAUUUUUUUGCUAUUGAACUAACGAAAAAUGCAUGAUUCAUUGGAGUUCGUAAAAUCAUAUAACCCACUGAUGAAAGUCGCGUGAAAUCGCACGCAAGGAUGAAAGAUUGAACUAAUUAAAUGAUGGGAAAAGCGACACAGAUGAUGUCUGGAUCCGAAGAGAAAGUUUUAUGAAGCUACUGGUGGAAGAUAGUGGAAGGAAAUUGACGUUUUGUUUUUGAGAUAUUUGUAAACAAUUUUUAAGAGGGUGCUAUGCAAUGGAGUUGAAACAAAACAAAAUUAAUAUUUUUGUACCAGUGAUUUUGAAUUGCCGUUUUGUCUUUGCUUAUACACAAAAGCUAGCCACUUUAAGCUUUUGGUAUACAGCAAAGACAGUCAAAAUUUGAGAUCUCACGUUCGACAGGUGAAAUCGAAUGAUAGUUUACAUCAUUUUGUACAUAUGUUUUGGUAAUACAUUUCAUAACACGUGCUGCAUGCGUCAUCAAUCCAUUGUUCACUGUUCAUAUUCUGUGAGAUUGUUCAUCACAGUUACCGUAUAACUUUUAGAACCUUUUCAAACAAAUGUUUCCCAUAUGGUUGUAUGAUCCCUAUAGAUCUACGGAGACAGCAGUCCUAGUGUUCCUGGUUGUUUGGUGAUAUGGCUUCGGAUAUGUGUAAACCCUAGCAUAAUACUCACUUUAAAUUCAUUGGCCAUGGUUCCCGAGGUACGUACCUCUUUUGUUUCAAAUAAACGGAUUAAAAAUUUUUUUAAAGCUAAACAAACAUCAGGACAAUCAGAUAAAACAAAAUUGACAAAUACGGUAAACAGUUGUGUAUUGUGUAAUUUAAGUAAACAAUUGUGUAUUGUCGUUUAAGUUAAUAAUAAAAUGGUUGUUUAAAAAUGGCCGAAAAUAUUUUACACUGUAUAUUAACUACGGUCAGUGCUUUUAAAUAAAGUAAUUCAUCCAAAAAUAUUGAUGAAAUCAGAGAAUCGAUAUUAUAUAUUUUGUGGCAUAAUUCAUGAACGUUGUUGCCAAAAGUAUUUGGGUUUUGGUCCCCUGUUCGUCUUUCGACAGUAAUGUUUUAAUAUACAAUGUAUUUUUAUACUAUGUAGGUCGAAAUCUUUGCAGGUGGAUUUAGUGAUUUAACACUUACUUGUUGAUGUACGUUUACAAUGUUUUUACGUACGUAUUCGAAAACAAUUUUGCCACUAUAUCGUGUAUUUUCGUUAGACAGUAAAAUGACUUAACUGAAAAAAAAACAAAUGUGCCAUGAUCGACGUAUCACUGUCAUAAUAAUAUAUUUUGUUUAGACUAGUACCAUGCACAGGUGCCUUCAAACCAACUCUGGAGUGAAACCAACCUGCCAGUUCAAAUGCACUGGGCGUGGUCUCUCACCAGAGUUCUCAAUUAAGGGCACGUGCAUGUACACACGUAUUUGCACGAGUCUCUUUUACUAAAAUAAAGACAUGGCGUCUCUUCGAGUUUAUUGGAUGAUGUGAAAAGGUUAUUUUUAAUGGCGACAGUCGUGGUGAUUUACCACAAUUGUAAUAUACUUUUGUCCACCUGCUAUAAAUGAUAAAAAGUCCAUAUCACGCGGUGCCUCACUUGUUUAUGAACAUAUCCCUUCACGGUGACCCUGGAAUUCAACACGUGUUGUGACCGAAAAUCACAUUUUUUCUAUUUAUAGCUGUACAUCUAAUGUAUUUUUGAGAACUUCCAAAAGUGCUUUCAGCAUGUCGCGUUUGUCUACACAUAUAGCGGGUAGUUUGCGAUCUAGCUGCUAGAAAAUGUUCGUUGAAAGUUGCUCAAAAUUAAUUGCGUUUGUUGCGUUCGUUUCCUUUGUCCGUUUCCGGUUCUUUUCGUCUGUUUCCGGUUUGGCGGUAGUAACAUCCCAGUAAACGUGUAGGUUAGCAGUGCAUACUACAACAUUCCAACAUUUAGCCUGUAGUGUUCAAUGAUUUUCAGUGUAUGGUUUGGUAUUAUAUAAAACAUCAAAUCUGCUGUAUUCAUUGUUUGUUGCAGAAAAAUCAUACUAAUUCAUCGUGUUAUUGUUAACUUUCAAUCUAUGAAUGUUUUAUAAUGUGGUAAUACAUAUUACAUUGAGUGAACAUAAAUGCCAUUCUAUGGUUAAAACACCCCCCCAUAUAGGAAUUAAAACCGGUACACCUGUGUAUCAUUCAUUUUAAAAAUAUUUUUGAAAAUAAAACAAGUAGUAGAAUUAAUCCUCCCCCCCCUCCCCCCACUGAAAUAUUUAGCGUAAUACCUGGCCUAAGUUCAGUCAGCGAACAUUUCGCUAACGUUCCCGAACUAUUUGAUUGGUUCCCGACGUGGCCAUUUGGUUUAACGUGAAGCGCAUAAACCAGUCUGGUAGACGUCUUUCUGCUCGGUCUGGCUUAACGCAAUGCCCUGAUCUUUGGACUUUUGAAUAUAUUGCUUAACUCCAUAAAAUGUCGACACCAUAAUAAUUAUGCUGUAUACAGUUUAUGGAAAACUUAUAUAUUAUAUUUAUAUGCACGCACGCACGCACGCACGCAAACACGCAGAAACAAAUACAUAAUUUAUUAAAUGUGCACAUAGUGCUUGUGAAUGAUCAAACAACACGAAGUUUAGUUUAUAACUUUUUUUUCAUACAUCGGGUGAUUCAUGAAAAACACCCCACGUUUUGAAGAUGAAUUGCGGAAAAUGUAUGACUCAGAGAACAUUGACCGUUUGUGCAAGAUACGUUUAUAAUGCCGUCUAUUGAUGGUGAAAUAUGCGUUCUGUUACAGAGCUUAUAUUUAAAAUGGUGGGUAAUACACAAUUUAACGUGAACAAAAUGUUAUACCAUUGAAAUGCCGGAAUUCCACUUGAACACGUAGGGCGGUGUUUCUAUGAAUCACCCGAUAUAACUGUUAAUUAUAUAAAAAUAGACACGAGACGUAGUUGAGUGAUAUGACUAUAUUUAACUUUCUUCUAGAUCUCCUAUUUUUGUUUUUGUUUACUUUAAAACAUUGUAUAUAUAGGUUUAUAAGAUUGUGUACAUUUCAGUAUUUUCCAUAUAUUAAGCCUCGUUUUAAAAAAUUUAUGUUUACUUGGUGCAUUUUCCCCCCACCUAAUAUAACUCGUUUAUUGUCCUAGUUUUAUUUCAUAUUUUGCAUAUUUUUGUUUGUUUUGAUAAUGAAACAAAAUAUCUAUAUGUUUAUGUAUAUUGCUAUAACGAGUACAUUACUGAUACUGGGCCAAUCAAAUAUUACGUAACACCUGAGGAUAUGGGUGGAUAAUACUACCGUAGUAUAUAUGAGGUGAGUUCAACCAGCCGUAUGUCGCUAACGCUCGCUAGACCGAUUUUUACACUACACAGUAAACCGAAUUACCAUUUCUGGAACCAGUCAAUGUAGUUUGCAAACGUUUAGCGAAAAGCGGCUGGCUGAACGUAUUAGGUUUCAAAACACGGAGAAAGAAAGAGUUUGUUUUGUUUGACGACACCGCUAGAUAACAUUUAUUAAUUAAACAUCAACUAUUUGAUGUCAAAUAUUUGUAAUUGUGACUCGUAGUCAUCAGAGGAAACCCGCUACAUUG